CCGGGGAAGCCCUUCCGGACACAUGCGCACUGUCCUCGCUCCGGAGAUGGGCGGCUGUCGUGUUUGGGGCCAGGUUUGGGGUGGCUGGCGGCGAGGUCCGUGGGUCCGCGCAGCGCCCACAGCCUCGAGCUUUGGCACCGAGGCCCGGCAUCAGCAGCAACGUCGAGGCUCCAGCAAACGGUCGAGGCCCCUGGAUGACCAGCCUUUCUCGGGGCUGCUGCGGCCAGAGAACCUCAGUAGGGAGGAGCUGGUUGAUGUGUUGAGGGCAGCUGUGGUGGAUCAGAAAGGACCUCUGGUGACAUUGAACAAGCCACAGGGCCUGCCAGUGACAGGGAAACCGGGAGAGCUGACGUUGCUCUCAGUGCUCCCGGAGCUGAGCCAGUCCCUGGGGCUCGGGGAGCGGGAGCUCCAGGUUGUCCGAGCAUCUGGGAAGGAAACCUCUGGGCUUGUACUCCUCUCCAGUUGUCCCCAGACAGCAAGCCGCCUCCAGAAGUUCUUCACUCAUGCACAGAGAGCCAGGAGACCCACAGUCACCUACUGUGCUGUCACUGAUGGGAUCCCAGCUACUUCUGAGGGGAAGAUCCAAGCAGCUCUGAAACUGGAACACAUUGAUGGGGUCAAUCUUGUAGUUCCAGUGAAGUCCCCAUCCCGAAAGGACAUCUUGGAAGGUGUCAAGAGGACCCUCAGCUACUUCCGUGUGGUGGCCAUGGGCUCUGGCUGUGCCCUGGUCCAGCUGCAGCCAGUGACAGCGUUUCCCAGCCAGCUACAGGCACACAUGGCACUACAGCUCUGCCCUCUGCUCGGGGACCACACGUACUCUGCCCGUGUGGCCACUGUUCUGGGCCAGCGCUUUCUGCUGCCUGCUGAGAGCACCAGGCCCCAAAGACAGGUCCUGGAUGAAGCCCUCCUCAGCCGCCUCCACCUGACCUCCUCCCAGGCUGCGCAGCUGCCCCUGCACCUCCACCUGCAUUGUCUCUACCUCCCAGGUGCCAGGCCCAGGGACCCACCCAUCAAGCUUCUGGCACCCUUGCCCUCUUAUUUCUCCAGGACCCUGCAUUGCCUGGGGCUCCACUACCAAUAGUCCUUCUGGGCCUUCUGUUCCCGCUGGAAAGCAGUGGGGGUUGGAGGGAGGAUGGGCUGCAGUCAGGCCCGAGGAGAGUGAGGUCAGUGCUCGACACGCAGAAGGCCACAGUGUAAGAUCCUCUGUAGUUGGACAAACUUAAGGUCACAUCCUAAGGCCACUUGCUGUGUGGUGUUGGGCAAAUGACCUCAUCUCUCUGGACCUAAGAUAAUAAAAGUACCUACC